GAAACGCUGUAGAAGGUGGCCUGCCAGAGCGGAGUAGCUGGACAUUUAGACGGCGUUCCGGGACCGUGGGCUGUGUUAUGAACAGCUGGACUGUUGGGCGGAACAGCAUGGUCGAAAGCCUGCACAUACUAUGGGUUCAAAUCGGUUGACGGCAAGAGAACUUUGUGAGAAUGAUGACCUCGCGACGAGUUUGGUGCUUGACCCUUACCUGGGGUUUAGGACUCAUAAAAUGAACGUCAGUGCCAUGCCCACGAUAAGAAGGCAGCAUCACCUGAGAGAGGCUUUGCAAACAUUCUGUAAGAAAAAGGACCUGGAAGCUGCGUACCAGUCACUAACAGCAGGCGGAUGGGCUCGUCAUUAUUUCCACAGUCGCACCAGGCAACAGGAGAGUCUGCUCAAGACACAUAUAUUCCGAUAUCUCCGGAUGUUUCUUCCAGAGAGUGGUUUUAUGAUCCUUUCCUGUAGUCGGUACUCUCUAGAAAUGAAUGGAGCGAAAGUUGUCUCCACUAAGUCAUGGUCCAAGAAUGAAAAGAUUGAACUCCUGGUGGGGUGCAUUGCUGAACUAAGCAAAGCAGACGAGACCCUCCUUCGAUUCGGAGACAAUGAUUUUAGCGUCAUGUACUCCACUCGGAAAAAGUGUGCACAGCUCUGGUUAGGACCUGCUGCCUUUAUCAACCACGACUGUCGGCCAAACUGCAAGUUUGUACCAACAGAGGGAAACACGGCGUGUGUAAAGGUUCUCAGGGAAAUCAAAUCCGGUGAAGAGAUCACAUGCUUCUACGGUGACAGCUUUUUUGGAGAGAAAAAUGAAAUGUGUGAAUGUUGCACAUGCGAAAGAAAAGGGGACGGUGCUUUUAAGCAGCAAAACACAGAGCAGACAGUAUCUACCUCAUUAGAAAAAUACCAGCUCCGUGAGACAGACGGUCGUCUGAAGAGACUGAGCGAGAGUGCCUGCAAACCAUCCCCGCAAUUAACUACAAAGAAAAAGGGUUCAAAACUUAGACUAUCGCUCAGACUGAAACGGAUUCCGGCAUCCCGCAGAAAGGGAGCUUUCUAUCGGAGAGUAAAGACUUUUGCUUCCUCUCGCUAUUUUUAUAAAUCUCACCUAAUGAAGCACAUUCCCUUGAAACCUGUGAAGAUUGCACUUCCCCGCGGUACUGUUUUAAGGGACGUGCGUAUCAUUCUGCAUAACUGCAAAAAAUGUAACCAGGCCUCCCGUCCUAAAAGCCAGCAUGAGAGGCAAUGCUGCAAGCUAGGAAAGGAACCUUUGGUAUCGCUUCGCCGGGAAGACCUCAGCCCUGAAAGGCUAAAAUUUCGAUUAAGCUGCCCUGGUGGUUCAUGCCCUCCUAUAAUCCAGACGGCUAACGUAGGGUGCAAUGCCAAAGAUUGUUCUCAAACUGAAGCAGGAAAGUCCAACCUGGAACAGAUCACAACAGCCGAAUUGUGUGAACACUUGUCUUUCUCCCCCGUGCCGAGUCACAACGAAGAUGACGACUCUUUCUAUGAGCCCGAAAUCCCCGGUUCAUUGUUGGGUCCCGAAAGUCCAUCUUCUGAACCACUUUCCAACAACUUAAACCUGGAAUGUAAUUCUCCUGAACCUAUUGUUAUAAACACUGUGUAUCCUCAUUAUAAUGGCGGCGUAACAUCUGAUUCGCAUCCUCAUGCGCUUAAACAGUUUGGGAUAACCCAUUAUAUUCAAGUUGAUCUAAGAAAAGAUGUAACCUUAGAACCUGGAAGGUCUCAGCCUGAUAAGAGUUCAUUGGAAGCAGAAAAGAAGCCGAUUCCGAAUAAUAAACAUUCUCAGCACCCUGUUAUUUCAGACGACCACCUUGUGGCUAAUUUGAAUGCCGAAACACAGAGUAACGCAGUAAGUCCACCCACAAAUACCCCAAUAUGUGAAGCCUUAAAUGGGUCAUUGGAGCAUAAAGUUUUCUCUUUAAGAUCCAGACCGGUAUCAUUUAGGCCAAGAAAGACCUCAGACAACAAGAUCACCCUAUUUAAACGGAGACGCAGUUCUGUAAAGCAAGGGGUACGAUGUGUUAAACUGAACGGACAUGUAAAAUUGACGGGUCAACUUGUUCCCAGUAAACUUCAUCCACCCCCUGGGGCUGGAGCCAAUCACCUCACUGAUGCAAUGCACUCUGACCCUAAAUUGUUGCUAAAGCCAUAUGUAGAGUUGGGACUCAACAACAAUUUAAAGAGACAGUCAUUGACUGGUCUACCCCCUAGCACGGUUUUAACAGGAGACGCCUUUAAUAUAUUACACAGCCCACCGGCAUCAAAGCAGUCGACGGAAGGUGCGACGAAAAAUGUGGCAUUUAACCCAUUCACUCCCUCAAAAAGACUGCGGCUCGUGGUCAGCCAUGGUUCUAUCGCUCUAGACAUGGCAUCCACGUCGAGUGAAGAAACCAGUUAAGACCAAGGAGUUCUUUGACCAAAUAUGUAAAUGUUUGUGAGAAGCGUGGAAGCUUGGGACUGGAUAGAAAACUGCUUUGUCUCACCCCCUUUUUUUGUAUUGGGUGCUACUGUUCAUUCUCCCCACUCCUCUCCUUCUUCUAACAUUGUAAUUCAGUUGCAUUGGCUUUUUUUUUUUACGUAUAAUGCACCACUUUGCCUUAGUCUACAAAUCCCUUUGUACACACCCUCGAAAAGAAACCUGUUAUGUUGUCUUUAGAGAUGUCCAGUUUUUUUGGUUGUUGUAACACCGGCUGGAAAUCUACCUUUGUUUUGGAAUCUCUUCCCAACCCCCUUCAAUUUUUAAUGGUGCUAUAUGAAUAAGCAUAUCCUAUGGGAUGUGAAGGACACUUGAAUCAUUGAUAACAUUCAUGACCAAUCAUCUCUGUUUGUGUGAAGGAAUGAAAGAGGAAGACGUGAAGUAAAAGCCUUAAGCUUGUCAGAUUUAUUGAACUCUAUUGUUCCAGUCGAGAAGUCCCAGACCCUGAAUUCCAUCAGAAGGUGCUUUAACAUAUCUUAAAUUUUCAGAUGACCGUUGUUCUCUACAAUGUUUCCCCCUCCGUGUUAAAUAAUCUGGAAUUAGCGAAAGUAAAUUAAAGCAGGUGGCCCAUAGAAUAACUGUGGAAUAAGUGUGGUGUAUUACAAUAUAUUGGGCCAGAUCUUUAUAUCCCCAAGCAUUUAUUUCCAGCCCCGAUAUUUUCCAACCAAAAGAUGAUCUACGGAAUAACUGACCCAUUGCAUGAUAACUUUUUUUGCAGGUUCUCCUAGCUCACAAUCAUUGCACUUACAAUGCCGAAAAGGAGAAUAGACCUCCGUUAAUACACUUUUCUAUCUAAAGGGAUACUGUCAUGGAAAAACAUGUUUUUUUUUUCAAAACGCAUAAGUUAAUAGUGCUGCUCUAGCAGACUUCUGCACUGAAAGACAAUUCUCAAAAAAUUAUAUUUAUAUUCAAUUUUGAAGUUGAAUGACAUGGGGCUAGGCAUAUUGUCAGUUUCCCAGCUGCCCCAGUCAUGUGACUUGUGCCUGCACUUUAGGAUGGUAUGGAACUACUUUCUGGCAGGCUGUUAUUUCUCCUACUUGAUGUAACUGAAUCAGUCUCGGUGGGACUCGGCUUUUACUAUUGAGUGCUGUUCCUAGAUCUGCCAGGCAGCUGUUAUCCUGUGUUAGGGAGCUGCUAUCUGAUUACAUUCCCAUUGUUCUUUUGUUAGUCUUCUGAGGGGAAAAGGGAGGGGGGGUGAUACCACUCCUGUCAGUUUCCCAGCUGCCCCAGUCAUGUGACUUAUGCCUGCACUUUAGGAUGUUGCUUUCUGGCAGGCUGUUAUUUCUCCUACUCAAUGUGACCUGGAUUUUACUAUUGAGUGCUUUUCUUAGAUCUAGCAGGCAGCUGUUAUCUUGUGUUAGGGAGCUGCUAUCUGGUUUCCUUCCCAUUGUUCUGUAAGGCUGCUGGGGGGGAAAGGGAGGAGGGUGAUAUCACUCUGACUUGCAGUAAAAAGUGACUGAAGUUUAUCAGAGCACAAGUCACAUGACUGGGGGCAGCUGGGAAAUUGACAAUAUGUCUAGCCCCAUGUCAGAUUUCAAAAUUGAAUAUAAAUAAAUCUGUUCGCUCUUUUGAAAAAUGGAUUUCAGUGCGGAAUUCUGCUGGAGCAGCACUAUUAACUGAUCCAUUUUGAAAAAAAAAAGAAAAAUGUUUUCCCAUGACAGUAUCCCUUUAAGUAUAUUAGUUUGGGGGACCCCCCUCCCUUCCCCCACAGAGCCCAUAAUUGGGAUGGAGGGGGGUGGGUGGUUUUUCAACUACAAAACAUUAACUCCCUAGUUGUGUAUUAUUGUUGGCCUUUAGCGCCAGUGGUGUUAUAGCUUUUAGGUUUCGAAGAGCGGAAUUAAGCCGUGGAUAGGUAGGACAGACUGAAUUAUGGAAUGCUGCACUCGGUAAGCCAUUUCCAAGGAGAAAGGUAACCAAGCAGCAAAUUGUUUUUUGUUUUUUUAUCUUUCCUAUUUCAGUACAAUAUUUAAUAAAACAUUUUACAGUAACUUAAAA